GGAGCCGAAGCAGAAAGGGGUAUCACGGAAAGCCUUGCGGUUCCAGACCCUGGAGAGAGCCCGGCCCCGUCUGCAGAGCUGCGCCAUCAGCGCCAUGGUGCAGGCUACACAAGCUUUAGUUCAAUCCACACCCGGAAAGAGAGUGAGAGCCUCCUCCCACCGACAACACUGCAACAACAUCCUCUCUGGAAAAAGGCAGCACUUCCUGCAGAGUAACAGAGCACUACGUAAAUAUUUGAAUGAAAACAUCGUGCAAAGUUUUGAUGCUAGAAAGAUGGUGGGCAUGUGGAAGUGAAAUAUUUAAAAGGAUGCAGACUGAAACAGCAGGACUCAACCUAUGCUUUACUUUUGGAGUCAUAGCAGACAUUCAGUAUGCUGACGCAGAGAAUGGCUUUAACUAUUCAAGGACGAGAGAACGUUAUUAUAGGAACAGCCUCCGCUUGCUGCGCAGUGCUAUUAAAGAAUGGAAUGGAGAAGUGAUCACUCCCAGGUUUAUUCUGCAGCUUGGCGACAUCAUUGAUGGAUGCAAUUCACAGCUAAAGUCCUCAGAUCAUGCACUUCAAGUGGUUGUAAAUGAAUUUGCAAAGUCUCUGUCUCCUGUUCACCAUAUCUGGGGAAACCAUGAAUUUUAUAAUUUUAGCAGGGAGCAACUACUUAACUCAGCUCUCAAUAGCAAACACUUGAGAAUUGGUAAACUCUGUGACAACGAAGACAACGGCAUUAAAUCUGACUUGGACUCUGAUGAUCCUGAGUCAUUUUACGGCUACCAUUUUAGUCCAUUUCCGAAAUUCCGUUUCAUAUUAACUGACACGUAUGAUCUCAGUGUUCUGGGAAGGAAAAAGGAUAGCAAGAAACAUCACUAUUCACUGCAGAAACUGAAAUCAAACAACAAAAAUGAAAAUCUUAAUAGCCCCAUUGGACUCGAUGGACUGAAUUCACGCUUUCUGGCAUUCAAUGGAGGUUUCAGUCAAGAACAGCUGGAAUGGCUAAACAAGAUACUCACUUUCUCUGAUAAUAACCAGGAAAAGGUUGCAGUCAUUGGUCAUCUUCCUGUCCACCCAGCCUCAACAAGUCCAAUGUGCAUUGCCUGGAACUAUGAUGAAAUCCUUUCAGUGUUGCACGCACACACUAGCGUAGUGUGUUUUAUCGCAGGCCAUGAUCACGAUGGUGGUUACUACUUGGAUGAUCACGGAAUUCACCAUCUUACCUUGGAAGGAGUGAUUGAAACACCACCGGAAAGCCAUGCAUUUGGUACCAUUCACGUGUACGAAGACAGAAUGAUCUUAAAGGGAAGGGGCAGGAUUCCUCAGAGAGUUCUACACUUUGAGAAUCAUAAGUGAAUGAACCUGUGUUAUAAUCUUGAGACAUACAGACCUUAAUCACAUGAUGCUAUGUAUUUUCCAGCUAAAUGUUGCAAUGGAUUUCUCCACUUUAAUAAACAAGCUGAAGUGGCAGAGCAA